AUGGAUUCUAGUAAUCCAUUUAGUCAGACAUCCAAUUUUGUUGAUCUGUUGAACAGUCAACAAGAUACUGACUUUCCUGAAACCUAUCCGUAUGCAAGUUUUUCACAUGGAUCAUCACAACUCCCUAGGCAAACUUCAAGCUUCUGUGAAGUCUCAACGAUAGAGCGUAGAGAAAGAAAGAAAUGGACGGUCACUGAUGAUCUUGUGUUCAUUAGCGCAUGGCUAAACACGAGCAAAGACCCUGUGGUGGGCAAUGAGCAGAAAGCAUGUGCAUUAUGGCAACGCAUUGCAGUGUACUUUGCAGCAAGUCCGAAGGUGGAAAAAGGUGAAGCCCGAGAGGCCAUUCAGUGCAAGCAAAGGUGGCAGAAGAUGAAUGAUCUUGUGUGCAAGUUUUGUGGAGCUUAUGCGGCUGCAACAAGACAGAAAACAAGUUGCCAGAACGAGGCUGAUACUGUUAAACUUGCACACGGAAUCUUCUACAAUGAUCACAAGAUUAAAUUUAAUCUUCACCAUGCUUGGGAGGAGCUCAGAAAUGACCAGAAAUGGGGUGAAAUUGCUAAUUCCAAGAUUGAUGGAAGCGGAAAGAAGAGAAAGUAUGACGAUGGAGCACAAUCUGAAAGCUCUCAAGCAACUUCCAAUCUCUGA